AUGUUCUCUAGGCCUGAGGAUAGAAACAAGAAUAAGUUCUGCAAUUUCCACAAGGAUGUCAGCCAUGACACCGAGACAAUUGAAAAGAGAGAUCAAAGAUGUGAUACAGAAAGGCCAUCUGAGGCGUUAUGUCAAGGAGGAUGGGAAAGAUGCGAUGCUGCGAGGAGCGACCCCAGGAGAAAAGACAGAGCCCGAAGAGGAGAUGAUCGAGAUCGUCGAGAUGGCCGGUGCGACGAUCACAGGGAGGUCCAGAGGAACCAGGGCGAUGCCAAUACCUCCACAGCGCCUGCUAUCCUCACCAUCCUGGGGGGACCAGGGCGGGAGUCGUUGCGCAAGGCCAAGGCAAAAGCGUUGUUCGUGGCAGUGGCCGAGGUGGCCGAGAAGAAGGCACGUACUGAGCCCGUGAUCACAUUCUCAGAUGAGGACAUGGAGGGGCUAAGCUGGCCACACGACGACGCCGUCGUGGUUCAGGCAGUUAUGGCCAAUCGUCCCGUCCACAGGAUCCUGGUGGACACUGGGGCAUCAGUGGACAUGCUGUCCUAUGAUGCCUAUUUACAGUUCGAGUUCAAGCCAGGCACCUUAAAGCCUGAGUCUGCACCCUUAUACAGGUUCUCAAGUGCACCAGCCCUGAUUGAGGGGUCAGUAGAGCUUCUGAUGAUAGUGGGAACCACCGCUUAUCCAAAAACAAUCAAGGUAAACUUUAUGGUGGUUCGGGUCGCGAUUGCCUACAAUGCUAUCUUGGGCAGGCUCAACUUGAAUGAGUUGGGAGUGGUAGUCUCCAACAAGCACCUGAAGGUCAAGUUCUCCACCCCUAACGGCAUAGGGGAGUGCCAAACGGAGCAGAAGAAAGCCCGUGAAUGCCAUGCGGCUUUCUUGAAGCAGAUCAAGGGCCACUAUAGGGGAACAGCCUACCCAGUGGAAGUCACUGAUAACCGCGAAGGUGAGAAGCGCUACCAGCAGGGCAAGUCGGUUGAAGAGCUCAUUGAGGUCCCACUAGACGAGUAG